AUGACUGAAUUUGUUGUGCCUCGACGAGUAUUAUGCGAAUUUUUUAUUGGCCAUGGAACAAAAUCAGAAGAUAUUCAAAAAUACUUAGAACAACACCACCAUUUAUCGUCUGAAAAAAGUGAAUUAAUUGUGAAACGUAUUCAAAAAACGCUUAUAACAGCGUUUAACGAUCGGUGGACCAAAUGUAACCGAACUAAAGAACGUUUCUUUAGUAAUAAUAUAUCGUGGUUAGACGGUGAAUUUAAAGUACAAUUUGAAGAAGCACCGAUGGAUAUUACACCUACAACAUCUGAAGUACGUGGACGUCCACCAAAGUCUUAUGAAGAUCUAUCAGAGAAAUCGAAAAAAAGAAAGAAUAUGGAAUUGGUACAAGAAUAUGGACUCGAGUAUAUACAUAAUGCAUACGUUCAAGGAUUGCGGGCUGCAGGAGAAAUCGAAGAAGCUACUGUUGUUUCAAUGAUACGCAAUUGUGAAAGAAAUGAAAAAAGGAUCAUGAAGGAAAAAUUAUUGCAUGAAAGUCGCAAUGGAACAAAUUUUAGGGUGGAUGAAGCUUUAAAUCCUUAUAUAUCAAGUAUCAGAAAACCAUCAGUCACUAUAUCCAAGAAAUUGUUAGAGGAAGCUAAGAACCUCUUAGCUAUU